AUGCGUAUACGUCUACCCUUCGCUGGAGUUUUCCUGCUCUUGCUUCUCGUGGCCGGAUACGCCGGGCUUUCGCAGCUUCAAGUCGAACAUUACGUCAACGACAAGUUCAUGCACGCCAGUACCUUCUUCCUUCUGACCGUCGCCUUCUACUGGGUCGUCGACACCAGCCGCCGCCGAACGCUCCACAUGACGCUAUUUGUUUGCGCACUCUGUCUUGGGGUAGGCUCCGAGUUCGUGCAGAGCUUCCUCCCCAACGAUCGCGACUUCGAUCUGUACGAUAUUGUUGCGAAUGUUGUCGGCAGCUUGGCAGGUGUAGGCCUCUGUUCUUGGUAUCACAAACGAAUGCUGGAUCGCAAAAGGCAACGGAAAACCUACAACGCCGUUCCAGGGGAUGAUGCGGAAGAUCUGGAGCUGGGUGACGGUCAGGAAAUCGGUAUUACCAGCAUUGAAGCUGCCGCGUCUUCCCAGGCACGCACAUUGGAGCAAGAGGUUGACAACUGGGACGAGAAUGCGCCAGAUGAAUGGGAAGAUGAAGAUGGGGCAGGGUCAUCGGCGCCUCCUCCCUACAAAUCCAAAGAGUCGGGAGCAGCCGACACUGGGGAGGCCAAGAAACGGACAGAUUGA